GUUCAAUUAAAGUUUAGUGGCAAAUUUGUAAUUCAGCACGGAGUUUAGAAAAGAAACUACACCGUUUCUUAACGCUGAUCUUGACAAAGAAAUUGAAGUUGUGAGCGCCAAAUUCCGUCCAAGGGACAAAAAAAAAAAUCCCUAGUUUUCCUUUACUCGACCGCCGCUGCUGCUUCUGCAUCUCCCACGCUGGCAGGCCGCCGUUGAGCACUCGCCAGUCGCCACCGGACACCUUAGUUGAAGAAGCAAUACCAGUUCCUCCACCGUACGCUACCUCCGUUCAAUUGCCUCUGUAAGAUUCUAACCCCUCCGCCGCCGCCUCUUCAGUCGCGGAGACGGUGACUUCAGCUUUCAAAGAUAAAAUUCCUUUUUUCUUAUUUCUUUGUCUGGUAGAUUUUUCGUUUAAGUAGUACCAGGUGUUUUCAUUUUUGUGUUUUUGUUUGAUUCACUUGAUUUCCUCCCAUUGACAGACCAAGCACCCAGUGCGCAUUGUCAUUUUUUUCAAGUUUUCAGUUAUAUUGUAUAAAUUUUUAAGCUUGUAGGCGCUCUAAGAUACAGUAGCUAUUCGGUUGAUUUGAGGUUUAUCCGUGUAAUUUGUAGCUAGUCGAUUGAUUGAAGAAUUUGAUACAGAUAGAUAUGCAUGUAGGCUGGAGUUAUUUGGUUUUGUAUGGUGCUGCUGGUAAUAUCUAUUUUAUUAUGGGACAUGAUAUCUCCGCUUAGGCUUAAUAUGAUGUUUAGUUCUUCAUAGGUUGAUAUGGCAUUACUGUAAUCCUAGUUCAAUGGUAUACCUUAAAUCGUUAACUUGGUUGACAGUCUCUGGUACAGUUUCACAACCCUUGGUUUCUUAUCCCUCGUUUUGCGGUUUUGCAGCUAGAUAAAACCGAGAUUUCUUGCAUUGUAUUAGUAAGUGAAGUUGAAUCUCUAUUAAUCAACUAGUUUAAUCAUACUGCAUCUGUGUUUUGUAUGCAUCUGUGAUUCCUUGUUCUGGUUGGUACCGUUGUACUAUUCCUUCUGUUUGAUGAACGUUAUGGUCAACAUGUUUCGAUGCUUUGGUAUGCUCUUUAAGUGUUCUCUCAUCGUCUGGACAUUUAACUGCCGUAAUCUGCUAUACUGAGCUUCACUAGUGACAGUGUAAUUGUGCCCCCACCUGUCUCUUGUGCUCUUUUCAAAACUAAUGUUUUGGUCACUUUGCAGGUUAGAGCUGGAAGAUUGCUCAGAGAGUACACCUUCUUUGCUGUAAAAAAAGGUCCUAACUUUUUCUAUUUUGCAAUUAACUUCCCCUUGUCCGUUAGCCAGAUUUUAAACCUUCUUGAUUGUUUCUCAACAGGGGAACUCUCAGCCCAUGAUCUUGUGAUAUCAGUGAAGAACAAUACUACCAGUCAAAACCCUUAACUCCGAGCCCCAGUUAUCUGUGUACAUUUGUUAUUUAAUCCAUCUUCUUUUGGAGUUUGAGAACAAGUAUGCGCGCAUUGGCCCUUUUGGGCCAGCGCAUGUUCUUUCAAGUUAUUGCUCAAACAACUUGCAUUACUCGCCUACCUCUCUGUAGUGCUCCUUACUGUUCCGGCCUUCUCUACACUAAAGAGACAGAUGUUUCCUCUGCAAAAAUCUUGGAACCAGAAGUUCAAGCAGAGCAACCACCAAACUGUCUAUCCUUAAGAAUCGAGAAGCUCCCAAGAGGAGUGCCUGUUGGAUCUGCCUUCCAAAGCUGGAUGGCUGAGGGGUUCCCAGUUCAUAGGGGAGAUAUCUUUCAUGCAAUGAAUCGGCUCAGGAAGUGUAAUAUGAACAAACGUGCGGUUGAGGUGAUGGAAUGGGUAAUCAGGGAAAGACCAUACAGGCCAAAGGAACUCGACUACUCUUAUCUCCUGGAGUUCACGUGCAAGCUUCAUGGGGUACCUCAUGCCGAGAACCUCUUCUCUCGUGUCCCACCCGAGUUCCAGAACGAGUUGCUCUACAACAACCUCGUAAUCUCCUGCUUGGACAAAGGAAUCCUGAGGCUCUCCCUCGAUUACAUGAAGAAGAUGAGGGAAUUAGGGCACCAAAUCUCGUACUUAGUCUUCAAUCGCCUGAUCAUUCUCCACUCUUCCCCUGGCCGCAGGAAAUUACUCCCUAAACUCAUGUCCCAAAUGAGGGCCGACAAGGUGGCACCACACGCCUCCACAUACAACAUCCUGAUGAAGAUCCAAGCUAGUGAGCACAACAUAGAAGGCCUGUUGAAGGUAUUUGCUGACAUGAAACGAUCACGAGUAGAGCCGAAUGAGAUCUCAUUCUGCAUAUUGGCCACUGCUCAUGCUACAGCAAGACUGUACACUGCUGCUGAAGAGUACGUCGAAGCAGUGGAGAAGUCUCAUACAGGGAAGAAUUUGUCAACGCUGGAUGUUUUGAUCAUGUUGUAUGGUUAUUUGGGGAAGGAGAAGGAUCUCGAGAGAAUAUGGGGAAUUAAACAAAACCUCCCUCGUGCUAGACCCAAGAGUUAUGUCCUAGCAAUUGAAGCCUUUGGCCGAAUUGGGUCAAUUGGUCGAGCAGAGGGGCUCUGGUUAGAGAUGAAGUCACGACAGGACCUCAGUUCGACCGAGCAAUUCAAUUCGAUCUUAUCCGUGUACUGCAGACACGGGCACAUCAAAAGGGCCACUGCCAUUUUCAGAGAAAUGGAGGCUAGCGAUGACUGCAAACCGAAUGCAAUAACUUUCCGACAUCUCGGGUUGGGUUGUUUGAAAGCCGGGUUGGUCGAGGAAACCUUGAAGACUCUCGAGAUGGGGUCGAAGAUGAGAGCGACUAGCGGAGUCAGGAACUCGACACCAUGGCUGGAAACGACCCUUGCUCUCGUGGAGGCUUUCGCGGAGAAGGGUGAUGUGGUGAAUGCCGAGAAGUUGUUUGGGGAGCUUGGAAAGGCCAAGUAUAUAAGGUAUACUUUUGUGUAUAAUACUCUGAUAAAGGCUUAUGUGAAGGCCAGAAUGUUUGAUCCGAAUCUGUUGAGGAGGAUGAUUUUAGGAGGUGCUAGGCCUGAUGCUGAGACCUAUAGCUUAUUGAAACUUGCUGAGCAGUUUAGUAGUAGCUAGUAACUGAGUUCUAGCCAGUAUGGCGGCUUUGCUGUAUUUGUAAAAUUGUAUUCUUUUUCCAUUUCAUUGAGAUGGAUUCUAUCUUCUCUCACAACCGCAGUGACUGAUGAUGAUACAGCAAAAUCAUUAAUUGAUAACCAAAAAGGUUCAGUUUUUCUUUGUAGUUUCUACUCAAUGAUCUAUAGACUAAAAUGACAACCCCUUGAGAAGGAAUCCCAGGAAUUUCAUCGUCUUUCUUCAACAUAGACUGUGUGGAUUUUCGGCCCAAAUCCGAAACGGAAUCACUAUGGGCUACGCGGGUCGGAUGUGAAAGUCCAGUCUGUCACAGCCCAGUCAAGAACAAAGACUGUGAUGUGAUGUCUUCCUUCGAAACGACGUCGUUCAAUAUUGAGGCGGUAAACUUUCGGCCUUCUGGUGGGCGGCAAUCCUCAGGCGCGGUAAAACUUCAAGUUGGAGCCUGGAAAAAGGCGGCAACCGAUCGACGCCUUUCUGCUUCCUUAUUCUUUCAUCGUUGUCUAAGGAGCGGUACGAAAUGCGUUUUGGCUACCUGGGUGCUUUUUCCAUUAUGCAGGUAGAAAGUUGCCCUGUUUUUUUUUUUUUUUUUGUGUUUCACCUCAUUUGUUGCCCAAUCAAGCAAUCGCCUUCUUGUGCAAGAUAGAGCAGCGACCCAGUUUGGCAUUUUCCCUAAAGCAUAGAAAUAAGUUGACAACCGAAGAGUGUUGUCACUGCUUGAGAAAUGAGAAGAAGUUGGCGAUUGUAAUAUGUUUUCUUCUUAUCUUGAUUCAUUGAUUAACUGUUGCUCACUGGACACCUAUGUUUUUGUAGUUACAAGUUUCAGAAAUCCCCCUGUCUUAUCUGAAUGGGAAGGCCAUCAUGGGUUUGUACAGUUCAGUCCCUCUGCGAGGUUAGUUCCUUUUUCUACUCGAUAUAUAUGCUUUGGCUCAAUAUAUAGUAGGGUUAAGGAUGGCCGUUUCGAUGAUUAGUUUAUUGGUGUUGCUUAAAUAAUGUUCAAGUGGGGGAUUAGGAAUAGAAUAAGUCCUAAAGUUACAACCUCGUGGCAGUGUAGAUGCUGUCACUUCAGUGAGAUCCCAUAAAUAUUGGAAUGAUACAGGGAAGAUUAGCAUGACCAUUGUGCAAGGAUAGGACAUAAAUCGAGAAUUUUUCGCCCUCACAUUUAUGCCUUCUCCCAUAGCGACCAGUUUGUAGUUUGUGUUUGAAAUGCUAGUGCUGCUUAGAUAUAGCAGCAGGGAAUAUCUAGUUGCUAUACUUCUACUGGAGCCAGUUAUUCAAUAAAAUCUAUCAAUCAUGCAGUUCACAACUGGAUAUGAUCUUAGCUACUGGAAGUGAUCGGUUCAAUUAGUCAUGCCCUCAUAAUCUGCUGAAGUAGUUCAAUCAUUCAAUACCUGUGUCUCCAUGUGGAGCAUUCCUUGUGUUUAAGUCAAUUAUCAAGUUCCUACCCUUCUACUAGAUUUCAGUUAGCCAAAUAGGUCUGCUCUCAUCCUGUGAAAAUUCGCAACUGGAGAAUGGCUGAAAGGACUUGGCUCGGUAAAUUAGAGAAGAAGCCAUAUUUUCUUUAUUCAUGAUUUUGCCUGCUUGAUAGAGACCAGGGAGAAAAGAUGCUAAGAUGUCCAAGUUGAUUCGAUUGUUCGCUUGCACUUAUGAUAUGCAUCUGUUCCUUGGAAAUUGAUUGGUUUUUCAUUUGGCAGACCGACUUAACCUUUAUCAACAGUUGCUGGAUAUCUCAGACUCAUUUGCAACUACUCUCCCAUUCUCGCUGCUGAAACUCUAUGACUCGAGUCUUUGGCCGGACAUGGAAGGUGCUGAAAAAUACAAUUCAAGGUCUUUACGCAAGUUUGGGACUCUCCUUUUACACGUUUCUUGAUUUCAUGAUCUCCUUUUGUUCACAUUCAGAAUCUUGCAACAUCUAGUUGGGGAAGGACCUGAUUCUGAAACUAUGGGUUGUCCUCAUAAGUAACAGGCAGCGCUGAAGGUAUGCCUUUUCCUUCUUGCGUUUACCAUAAAGUAAUAGACCUGGGUCUUUUGGCUUUACAACUUGGGAAGUACUGGAGAGUUGGGCAUUCUGGUUCUUCUGCUGCAUUUAGUUUGUUAGUUAGAGUUGCUUUUUAGCAGUUCCUUUUUCCUGUUUGAAUUAUUCUUACUAAGAUUUACUAGGAGGGAGGGAGCAAUAAGCCAUAGGAGCCUUCUUCCUUUUCACAAUGUACCACAUCACUUGUCUUCAGUAGGAACCUAGCAUUUAUAAAACCUUGUGAAACUAACACUAUUGUCCCUUCGGGGACAUCUGAUAAAAUUGGAACGAUACAGAGAAGAUUAGCAUGGCCCCUGCGCAAGGAUGACACGCAUAAAUCGAGAAAUGGUCCAAAUUUUUUUGCAUCCUUCCGAUCUUUGGCCUUUACAUCAUUUUUUUUUGGCUUGUUAUGGACAUUUGGAGUUAUGCUCUGAAUUUUUGCCAAAAUCAAACUGCUAGACCUCUGUUGGAUUCAGCUAUUCAAUAAAUCUAAUCACCUGCAGUGUAAGCAUUGUAACAGAGAUGGUUCUUUCUUUUUAUUUUCUUAAUUAAUAAAAAACUAUUUCACCCUUACAAAAAAAAAAAAAAGGACAACUGGAGAUCCUUUUCAAUGACUGAAACCACUUGGUUCAGUAAAUUUUUUUUAUGAGAACUUGGUUCAGUAAAUUAGAUAUGAAGCAUUAGCAUGGCCCCUGCGCAAGGAUGACACGCAUAAAUCGAGAAAUGGUCCAAAUUUUUUUGCAUCCUUCCGAUCUUUGGCCUUUACAUCAUUUUUUUUUGGCUUGUUAUGGACAUUUGGAGUUAUGCUCUGAAUUUUUGCCAAAAUCAAACUGCUAGACCUCUGUUGGAUUCAGCUAUUCAAUAAAUCUAAUCACCUGCAGUGUAAGCAUUGUAACAGAGAUGGUUCUUUCUUUUUAUUUUCUUAAUUAAUAAAAAACUAUUUCACCCUUACAAAAAAAAAAAAAGGACAACUGGAGAUCCUUUUCAAUGACUGAAACCACUUGGUUCAGUAAAUUUUUUUUAUGAGAACUUGGUUCAGUAAAUUAGAUAUGAAGCUAGCAUAUUGUUUCCCUUUGUAGUGUUCUUUUUUCUUUCACCGUGUUCAUCCAAACCAGGAGAUAAAACGUUAAUUGUAGUCUCAUAAUCUGCUGAGCAGUUCUAAUACUGUUCAUAUGUAGAGCUAACAAAUGGAGAACAUCUUAUAUCACUUGCAUAGAUAUGAUAAGAUGAUAGCCUGCCAGUGCCUCUUUUUCCUUCAACUUCUCUAUCCAAACCGCCACUAGGAGGUGAAUAGUGAGUAAUAGUCUUCCAUAAUUUACUAGGUUCAUGUUUACUGUGGACAAACAUGAAAAUAGCUCUUCUUGAAGGCGCUAGCAUAAAUAUUAAAAAUAGCCAAUAUCAGUUUAGGUUGACAUGUUUGAAGAGUGCUCUCACAGCAGCCAGUUUGGAAUGGGAGUGCUGCUUAGAUUUAGCAGCAGGCAAUAUCUAGUUGCUAUACUUUCACGGAGCCAGUUAUUCAAUAAUUCUAUUCAUCGUGAAGUUAACAACUGGAGAUGAUCUUAGUUACUGGAAGUGACAGGUCAGUUAGUCAUGCCCCUCAUAAUCUGCUGAAGUAAUUCAAUGGUUCAAAACCUGUGUUCAUCUUCAGAGUUAACAAAUGGUGAACACUUGAGUCAUCUGAAGGCAUUGGUUCAUGUAAAUAGGAUUAGAUGGUAUCUCUGGCAUGGAUUUUAUUCCUUUCACCUUGUCCAUCCAAAGUAGGAGAUGAAGGGUUGUCAAUUGUCUAGUGACAAGCAAUAAAUUACUAAUUCUCGAGGGUUCUUGACUAUCUGCUGAGGCUAUAUCAGUCUGUUAUCCAAGGCUACACAUGUGCAUCUAGUGUGUUCCCCUAUUGAAAUCUUACAAGUAACACUACAAAGCAGGGGGAUUCUGGAGUGUAGUUCAUGUUUUGUCUCUCAGAAGACUUAGGCUCCUUCAAAUGUUGGGCUAGUUUAUGGAGGUUUUCAGAUUCCAUAACUAGCUCAUGUUCAUUAAUUUGUCAACCCGGUUUCGCUUAUCAUGUUUGCAUGAUUCUUAGAGUCGAGAGCUGCCUACAUGUGGAUCACUACUUGUGUCAACUAUUAAGUUCCUACCCUUCUACUACGUUCAGUUAAUCCAAUAGCUCUGUUAAUUUCACGACUGGAAAACGGAUGAACGCAGUUGGUUCAGUAAUUAGAGAAGAAGUCAUUCUCAAUUUUUUUGCCAGCUUGAUAGAGAGCAGAGAGAAAAGAUGGGAAGGUGGUGAGGUUGAUUCAAUUGCUUGCUUACUUGUGCUUAUGCUACACACAUGUCCCUUCAAAAGCGUUUUCAUUUUUAUUCAUUUUUAAAAGGAUUCGAAAGAGACCUUCAUCAACAAUUGCUUCAUAUCUCAGUUCAUUUUAAACUAGUCUUCAGUUCUUGCUGCGUAUAAAACCCAUGGCUUGAGUCUUUGGCCGUAGACGAGGGUGCCAAAAUAUGUUUCUACAUUGCAGUGUCUUUACUCUUUACACAUGUGUUAGACUUUCGAUUUAUCUGGCUGUUGAUUUAUGAUCUCAUUUUGUUCACAGUCAGAAGCUUCAAAAUCCAGUUGGGGAAGUACCUUGGUCUGAACAUAUGACGUUUGUCAUCUUAAGUAACACGCUAAAGGUAUAUAUGCCCUUUCCUUUUGGGUUUACCCUAAAGUAAAUGACUUUUUAUUUUGACUUUACAACAUGGGAGUACUGGAGAGUUGGGCAUGCCAAAGUAAACUGGAGGUACUAUCCUCAUUAAGACUCCAUUCUGUUUUUCAAUGUACCACAUCACCUGUCUUCAGAAGUAGUCCAGCAUUUAUAAAGUCUUGUACAUACACAACCUACUGUCCCUUCGGGGACAUCCGAUAAAAUUGGAACGAUACA